AUGCGAGCUGUCAUCCAAAAAGUGCUCAAGUCUGCCGUGAGUGUCGACUCGAAGGUGGUUGGGCGGAUUGGCCAUGGCUACUGUGUGUUGCUUGGGAUUGCAGCAGAUGACACGGAGGGGGAUGCUCGCUGGAUCAUCAACAAGCUGCUCAAGGUGCGUCUAUUUAGGCACUGGAACGAUAACAUCGAGCAGGCUUCAGGCUCCAUUCUGCUCAUUUCUCAAUUUACACUGUAUGGCAAGUUGAAGGGCAACAAGCUGGACUUUCACCUCGCGAUGAAGAGUGAGCCUGCAGAAGUACUGUAUGAGUCUGUGCUGUCUGGCCUGCGUGCGAGUCUCCCAGAGCGUGUGCAGGCUGGUGUGUUUGGAGGGAUGAUGGUGGUGUCUAUCGAGAAUGAUGGCCCUGUUACGAUAGAAAUUGAUUCGCGGAGUAGGUAG